GAACCAAUCAGAGUCUCAGCAUCUAUUGUUACUGUAUAGUAAUUGGGGCAACGUACAACAAUUGAAAUUCGCUGGGCCGGGCAAUAUUAGUAACAAAUUGGAAAAGGACCGUAAGAAAAAAAUUCGUCUGCUUUUUAAAGUAGGUUUUUAACGGGUGUUUUGCAUAGAUACAUUGCAGUAUCGGGUGUACGGUGGUAAGGUGAGCGCUUGACUUGUACGUCGCUGGACGUGUACGAGUACCCCACCUUGUGAUUCGGCCUACGCUUUGACGAGAUACCUCUAUUGGUAUUGGGGUCUCCGACUCGAUCGUGGCAGGUUGGAUUUACCCCGUUUAUCAUUGAGAAAAACCGCCUUGGCCAGACUACGUUUCUCGAAUCCUAACGUUUUCACCGUUGCUCUUUUCAGUAAGACUCCUCGUAGGGCCGAGGGGAUCGCGUGGAUCUCGGUAUUUUUUUUCCCCCCACUGAAUAGAGCGUCCCAAUUGCUGACAUUUCCCGCAUUUGAGCCACGGCAAGGUAUGGCGUUUUUGAGAACGGUGACGCGUUGCAGUGCCGGUAAAAAGCUGAGGAAGUGUCUGCCACUUCCUGUCGGCUUCGUCGAAAACGUAACGAAGCCAUCGGUGCAGUUGGUGCAGGUGCACGACCGCGAAUACACCGGCGGCAGUACCGCUGACGUGAAGCCGGCUCCACCACGACAGAUCGAUCCUCUGGAUUUGAAGUUUAACGAUCCCGUCGCCGCUUUUAAGAGCAAAACCACGAAAGAACUGCUCCGUGCCUACGUCGUCUAUCAGCUAUGCACCAUCGAGUACAUCGUCGAGAACAAUAUGAAAUUAAUGAAAAUCGCCAAGACGAUAUUUGGCGAGAAACUUUUCACAAUGCUUAUGAAGGCAACAUUCUACGGUCACUUUGUCGCCGGCGAAGACGAGGUGCAGAUCACUCCUGUCCUGGAUAGGCUACGACAAUUUGGCGUGAAGCCUAUUCUUGAUUAUUCUGUGGAAGAAGAUAUCUCUCAGGAGGAAGCUGAACGACGUGAAAUACAAGCUUCCGUGUCAGAAGCUGGAGACGAGAAAAGGGAAGGUCCCUUGAAGAAGUACCACGUCGCGAAACCGUUCGCCGAUCGCCGAUAUAAAGUAUCUUCAGCGAGAACGUACUUCUACCUCAACGAAGCUAGUUGCGAGCGAAAUAUGGAUAUAUUUAUUAGAUGCUUGGAGUCUGUAGCCGGUGCUCCAAUGGGAGUCGGUUUUACCGCCGUUAAAUUAACUGCUCUUGGCCGUCCACAACUGUUGCUUCAAUUGUCAGAAGUAAUUAUGCGUGCACGACAAUAUAUGUCGGAUGUAGUCGGUGGUGAAGGCGCUGUCCUAACUCAUCACGCCAAGCCUGACGACUUUAUGAAAAAGUUUGAGGAGGCUCAGAUCAAAGACGAAGCGCCAGUGAAGAAGUUUCUACAAAAAAUUCAAUCGGAUAAAGAAGGUGUCAUUCACCUGUUCCCAUGGAGCGGUAUUCUGGAUGAGAACUACGAGCUUAGCGAAACGUUCCAGGUGCCGGACAUUAAAACGGGAAAGAUGGUCAGGCUCAUGUCGCAGCUUACGUCCAAAGAAGAAGAGAUGUUUAGAAACAUGAUAAGACGUUUGAAUAAUAUUGUCUCGGUGGCCGAUAAAUUAGACGUACGUAUAAUGAUAGAUGCUGAACAAACAUAUUUCCAACCUGCGAUAUCGCGGUUAACGUUGGAGAUGAUGCGCAAGUACAAUACACGUAAGGCCGUGGUGUUCAACACUUAUCAGACAUACUUGCAAGAAGCUUUUAAUGAAGUGAAGACGGAUCUGGAACAGGCUGAACGACAGAAUUUCUAUUUCGGUGCUAAACUCGUCCGUGGCGCUUACAUUGAACAGGAGAGGGCGAGAGCAGCCGCGAUGGGUUAUCCUGAUCCAACGAAUCCUACGUACGAGGCUACAACCGACUCUUAUCAUAGAACUCUAAUGGAGUGUUUAAGGCGAAUGAAACAGUACAAAGAUAAAGGAGAGGAUCCGAAGAAAAUUGGUAUUAUGGUUGCGUCCCACAAUGAGGACACAGUACGCUUCGCGAUAGAAAAAAUGAAGGAGAUAGGAAUCUCACCAGAGGAUAAGGUGAUUUGUUUUGGUCAAUUGUUGGGAAUGUGCGACUAUAUAACAUUUCCACUAGGCCAGUCUGGGUAUUCGGCGUACAAAUAUAUUCCUUAUGGUCCAGUGAAAGAAGUAUUACCGUACUUGUCUCGGCGUGCACAAGAGAACCGGGGUAUACUCAAGAAGAUCAAGAAGGAGAAACGCCUGUUGCUGGCCGAAAUUUUAAGGCGUUUAGCAAGUGGGCAGAUAUUUUACAAACCGAAGGGAAAUUACACUCCCGUCUGAGUAGCUCGUCUUGUUUGCACAGACAGAUUUUAAGUAUCAAACUUAAGUAGUGAUUGUAAAUUAUUCGAAAGGGAGGGGGGGGG